AUGGAGAGGCUGGAGCUGUGCUACUUCUUCCGAAGCUCGCCCUUCAUUAUCGGCGACGGAGCAGCUUCCGGCAUCGGCAGGGCACGGAAACAGUGCCUGGACCAUGACCGGUCGUGGCCACCUUCGCAGCCGGCCAUCGACGUCAUCUCGAUGUGCUUGAGAAUCGACUCUUCCGACUCCUGUGUCAACAUCAUGGUGUCAGAAAGGUGGCAGCUGCGCCAUUUCUGCGGGAGCGUACCUGUCCUUGUCGGGAUUCGAAAAUGUUUUUUGGAACAACCCUCGCACGUUCUCGAGCACGCCAAUGCGUCGCCGGCAUCCAAUGCGCCGGUGCCAUGCGCAAAUGGUGGGCGAAGGCAAGACAUGCCAUGGCUGCACCUGGAGUGCUCUGCCAAGAUCAAGGAUAGUUAG